AUGGCUGCCGCUGUUGAACAGCAACAGCCCUCUCGUCUCACUCCUCCUUUGUCACCUUUAUCACCACCUUCUUCUUCACCGGCAACCAUACGAUCGCCUUCACCUAUAGGGUUUGAUUCAUUUCCACUAGUUAAUGAAGAUCCACCUAUAAGAGCGUUAACUAUUUCACAGUAUUAUCUUAUUCAUGAAACUUACUAUACUACACCAUUACCUAAUGAUUUGUUUCCAUGGUUACAUGGCAUUGAUGGCAAAAAUCCUAUACAGAAUAACUUUUUUGGUCUUAACAAUCAAGAGGAAUAUCCAGUACCAAUACAUCGCGGUGUCACAGUAGUGCAAGCAGAGGGAGCAGAAGAAUGUUUACGAUCACAACUUUUAGGAUCUGUUUUACCAACUGAUAUAUUAGAUUAUGGAGAUUCAAAUGAUUGUUCAGUAAGAGGCUUUUUAAAAGUAUCGGACUGUGAAGGAAUUAAUUUAAGAAAUUUUAAGAUCCAAGUAGCGAAAUAUGCUACUAUUUCAGAUAUUAUUGUAUAUGGAGAGAAUGGUUUAAAUGAAAAUGUUUUAAAUAUUGCUAAACAAAUGGCAUGGGCACAACAAAUUUUUGGAGAAGAAAAUCCUAAUAUAUUGGAAUAUGAAGUAUUUGUGAUAGUUGAACCAUUUUCAAUAUUUGAAGAAGAAUAUCCGGAACUUGUAGCUGUUGAUAGUCAAGGUAUUAUACGAAAUAAAAUCGAUUUUUCGGAACAAGAAAGAGAGGAAAUGCGAAUACUUACUUCAGCUUCGGAGAUUUCAACGAAUGUUUGGUUGGGUAAUACACAGGACGUUCCCGUUCCUAGUGGAUUGGACCCAUCAGAUCCAUCAGAUUCUGCUAUAUCAUUAAUUGAUGAUAACCCGCAUCAAUUUUGCGUAUGCAUAGAAUCACAUGAUAUUGCCGAAAUGCCAGAUAAAGACACACUUUGCUUCAUUACUGAGCAACUAGCUCAAAUACAUCUACCAAGGUUGUCAAUUGACGAUAUCGUACAUCUUGAUUGCAUAUCUACCGGUCUAGGAUUUAAUUCUCCAGAUGUCUUUAAUUAUGCAGUUACAAGAUUAUUAGAUCUUUGUGAAUUCAUUUCGAAUCAAGCAAAUAAUUAUAAUCAUAAAAUUUUGAUCCAUUGCGCCGAUGGUUACACAGAAACAUCACUUUUUGCGCUCACAUAUCUUAUGUAUCAUGAAAAUUUAAAUCUUCCACAAGCAUAUUUAAAACUUCAAAAGAUUCGCAGUUUUUUUGUAUAUUCACAUGAUGUGGAUACAUUAGCGGGAAUUGAGAGGUGUAUAUUUGAGAGAAAAGGGAUUAAUGAAGAUGAAACAAAUAGACAAGAGGAAUUUUCGUGGUUCUAUACACCAUAUUUUGAAGGAAGUUUUCCGAGCAGAAUUUUACCUUUUUUAUAUUUAGGAAAUUUAAAUCAUGCUUGUAAUGCAAGUAUGUUAAAAUCUCUUGGAAUAACACAUGUUUUAUCAGUUGGGGAAGAUUCUAGACUUGAUAAUAAAGACUUUGAGGUACAAUACUUGAAUAAUUUAUUUGACGAUGGAAUAGAUAGCCUUUGGAAUCAUUUAGAUUCUUGUGUUAAUUUUAUUGAACGUGCUCGAAUUUCAAACGGUAAAAUUCUUAUUCACUGUCGCGUAGGAGUUUCUCGUUCCGCUACCAUUACGAUUGCAUAUGUUAUGCGACAUCUAGGAUAUUCUCUUAUCUCUUCCUAUCUUUUUGUUCGUGCUAGACGUCUCAAUGUAAUAAUUCAACCUAAUCUUAGGUUCAUGUAUGAACUUUUACAGUAUGAACAAAAAUUAAAUGGGAAAAUGGGAAUUAAUUGGUCAUGGUUAGCUAAAGAUAUUAACAAUUUAAACGAAUGCUAUAUUA